AUGCGAAAGUUGGAAUGGGACGACAUGGGAGUGAAGAUUGAUGGCGGAACGAAUGCUGACCGAAUUCGACGGAACAUGUGGGUGCAUUGGUCUUCAGCUGAAUCUACAAAAGAGGAUGUUUAUGCGGAACGGAUGGAUCUCGGAUGCCCCAUUCACGCUCACCGGACGAACAUAUUCGAAUGCACCAGCUACGUUUAUCUGGGUCGGGAAUUGAACAUGAUGAACGACCUGACCCCCGAGUUGGGCAGAAGGAGACGAACGGCUUGGGAAGCAUACAAGAGCAUCGAGGAUGUAGUGAAGAAGACCAAGAACACCCGGCUCCGUGCUCACCUCUUCAACACCACCGUACUUCCUGCUUUGACCUAUGCUUCGGAAACCUUGGCAUUUCGCAAGCACGAAAAAAACGCGACCUUGCGUGUUGGUAUUCGGUCAAGGAACUCCUUGGUCUCUCUUGCGGAGCUGUAUCUCAAAACUGAGAAGAACUCUGACGAGUACGAUGGAGUACCAGCAAAGUUUGUUCGUCCACUUGAUCACCUUCUGCAAUCGGGGUGGACGAGCAACCGAUUGAACUCCUCGAUGAGUUCUGUUACCUGGGCUGAAUGCUGA